AUGGCGGCUCGACUUCUGCUCCUCGUCUGCUGGGUUUGUGCUGUCAGAACCUCUGUGGUGUUUCAGACUCCGGAGAUGGUCAGCGUGUCCGCCGGGGACUCGUUCUUAUUAAAAUGCAGACGUGAGAUUCGGUUGAAUUACUGCUACGCAUCAACAUCCUGGUAUAAAAUGAACCCAAGAACUGGAAAGCUGAGCUUGGUCGUGAAAGGCCAGGACGGCACGGCAGACGAUGGUGAAAAGACGUGUACCAAAACGUUCUCGAAUGUUUCGGUCCAAGAUUCAGGAACUUAUUAUUGUGUAGUUUUCAGUAAUACAAUCGUUUUGGUAGGAAAUGGAAGCAGAGUCGUCGUCACAGAAAGAGGUCCAUUAAACCCGUCCAUCGUUACGUACACGCCGCUGGAAGUGGACGGCACGACCGUUCUGCUGCAGGCUGCGGUGAUGAACGUGGUUCCCACUCAGGUGGACGUUUUCUGGAUCAUUGAUGAAGAAAAGCGCUCAGGAUGGACAGAAUCUGGCUGGAUGGGAAACCAGGAUUCCGCCUCCGAGUUCACUCGAGCUCAGAUCAGGAUCUCUGCAGAGGAAUGGUCAGGAGCAGCUCACGUCCAGUGUGUGGUGGCCUGGGACGGAAGAAACGUCUCCAAAACUCUGGAACGAAAACAUGGAGACUCCAUGUGUUCAGGGUUGCUGUUUGGAGUCGGCGGCGUUGGCAUCGUCACCGCUGCUGCGAUCGCCAUCGUCAUUCUGUGCUUAUACAAAGACAAACGAGAAGCUACCAGAGCCAGAAGACAUCGGGACGCUCAGCACAGACAGGGGAUACGAGACACCCUCAAACCCGGCGCAGACAAAUGCUCCACGAAAACGGAGGUCGAGUAUUCCUGUUUGAACCCGGACACUUUCAACAGGAAACCGACUGCACCUCCUCUCAGAGAAUUAGAUUAGCUAACAGAAAUAAAUCAUAUUUUAAAUAUAUUUGUAUAUACUUUUCUGUUAUUGUAUGUAUAAUAAAAUAUGUAUGUAUAAUAUUGUAUGUAUACACUACAUGUUUGUCUUGUGGCACUAUUAAAGUGUGCACUAGCCACUAGGGGGCAGCCAGGCUCCACAAUGAAUAAAUGAUCACUAGUAAAAACUAGAAAUACAUGGACUUUAAAAUUCCUGUCCCAGAAACACUGGGCAUGAGGUGGGCACACAGCCUGGCACACAGCCUGGCACACAGCCUGGCACACAACAGACCUUGUGUUUCAAAUAAUGUAUCAAUAACUGCACUCAAUUAAUCAUCCCUGUAAACAUGGAGAGUCUGACUUUGUGUUUAAUAAAAGUAUGUGGACACCCAAUUAGUGCAUUUUACCACUGCCCCACCCGAGCCACGCCUCCAUCACUGAGACUGACAGGUACAGAAGCCACGCCUC